AUGGCUUCCUCCCCCAUCAAAUCUCUUGUCAGCAAGCCUGUCGUUGAUCCGUUGGCUUCGUUAAAGCCCUUAUAUCUCGAUUCCGACUCCUCUUCGGCUUCUUCGUCCUCCUCAACAACCAUCCCCGUUCAAGGAUCGAGAAAAAGGUACCGCCGAAGCCCCGAAAUGGCCCAUGUGUACAGCUCGUUGGACCAAAUGGAACGGGAACUGGAAAUGAUCAAAGUGAAGAUGCUGACGUGCCGGAGUGCCCAUCAAAAAGCGAAUAUCAAUGGGCACGUGGAAAGGAUCUUGGAGAUGUGCAAAGAGGUCAAAGAAGAAGUUGCCAAGAAGAAAGUCAAGCUCGAGAAAAAUUAG